AGUGGAAAGGAGUGAGCCAUCGCGCCCUGUAGGCUAUCUUUGCUGCGAGCUGGCUCGUAGUACAGUUUGUUCCCGGUGUUGUUUGGGCUUCCCUGCCUUUGGUGUGGCAGCGGUGCCAGUGUUGUGGUUCACCGUGUGAUCGGCAGUAGCUGCUGUGACAGACGCUCUGUGAGCAGCUUCACACACACUGACAAACGAUCCCAGCGGCUCCCUGUGCCGUACACCGUCAGACCGCUGCGGCGCUAGCCUCGCGGCUAAAGUUAGCCACCGACCCUUAGCCGAACAGCAGCUGCCCAACACGAUGAAGUCAAGCUAGCAGUUAGCUCCUACUACAGACAAAAAAGCGAACAACACAACAAAUGUCGGGUGCUGAAAAUCGCCGCAUUGUUUGGGAAACCUCUUGACGCUCAUGCGGACUUUCACCCGCCGCGUCCAGUCGCCGUCUGCCGCUGACUGCCGCCUCGUCCGCACUCGGCGAUGCUGCCGUGCCGCACAACACGCCUACUCGGAAGAUCGAAACCUUUGCUCCGUGAUCCGUUUAAGAGGAUUUGCCUGAACAUGUCGUCCUCCUCCACCUCCGGCAAGAGACUGCGGGUCCUGGUUGACAUGGACGGGGUCCUGGCGGACUUCGAGGGGGGCUUCCUGAAGAAGUACCGGGCCAGGUACCCGGACGAGCCCUUCAUCAGCCUGGACGAUCGGAGGGGGUUUUGGGUGUCCACGCAGUACGGAGAGCUGAGAGGCGACCUGAGUGACAAAGCCAUCAGUAUCUGGCAGUCCAAAGAUUUCUUCAUGGAGCUGGAACCCUUGCCAGGAGGAGUGGAGGCGGUCAAGGAGAUGGCCAAGAUGGAUGAUACAGAUGUUUUCAUCUGCACCAGCCCCAUCAUGCAUUACAAACACUGCCCGUAUGAGAAGUACGCUUGGGUAGAGAAGCAUCUGGGUCACGACUUUCUGGAGCAGGUCAUCCUGACCAGGGACAAGACAUUAAUCACAGGAGACCUCCUCAUAGACGACAAGCCUGACAUUCUAGGUGUGGAGCCCAAGCCAGCGUGGGAACACAUCCUGUUCACCGCCUGCCACAACAAGCACCUCGCCAUCAGCGCCUCUCAGAGACGACUCCUGUCGUGGUCCGACGACUGGAGGGCCAUCCUGGACAGCAAAAGGCAGUGAGGAGCUCCUCCGGCCAUGCUGCCGCCCGGGGCCCGGCGCCCCGGCAACGACGUCGUCACGGCAACAACGUCACAACGUUUUCCAGUGUCUUGCAGAAAACGGUAAAAUAGAUGUUUUACACAAGGCAGACACUUGUUGCGCAUCGUAACUAGAGCGUAUCCAGCCACUUGACCACCAGGGGGCAGUGUAAGAUUGAGCUUGAAUCCUCAGUUCCUCCGCUGCUCUGAUUGACUCAUUUUGCUUUUCCACUGCAAGUUCUCAUUGUCGACAUUUUUCCUCAGCAACAAACAUUUCAGAUUUCAGCCACUGGUUCACCGGCCUUUUUCCACGUGAGGCUCACAAGCAGGUUCUACUGUAAAAUUGAGACGUAAUAACGCAGCAUGCCGCACCCACAGGUGCACUCGCAUGUCAUAUAUGUGUAAACAGACACCAUAAAGGUGCAGAUCACAGACAUGCACUCUUUGUGACCCGCUGCCCUUUUUAAAUUCACGCCGUUGCAUCUGCCCGGCCGCCGUGCUCUGCGCGACCCGGUGUGGAAACUUCGGCCCAGGAAGUCAUCAGGACGUGCAUCCGUUCCAUGCGGUCGCCCCCCCGGAUCAGCCACGCUGCUGUUUAAGCUCCUCCGCUUCCAAAAGCCACUCGGCCGUUGCACAAACACCGCCUCGGUCGCAGCUCAGUCAUUUCUGUCAAUGAAUGUCUCACGUCCGCGGUGCUGAUGCCGUGGGUUUUCGCAGCAGCUUCACUGUAUGCGGUAGAGAAAUGUUAAACAUUGACAUGUACACGUACACAUAUAGCCUCCACACACUGGUGCAUGUGUAACUGGGACUUAUACACACUGUGGCUGCGAUGUCUACACAUUCAGAGAUACCUCUCGAGCUUUAAAAGGAGUUCACAUGAUUACUGUACUUUGGUGCUCUUUCUUUUUUUUUUUUCUACUUGUCUCCUGUGUGAUCUAUGCAUCUUAACUAAUCCACUGAUGAGAAAGCCUGAGAACUGCACACAGACAUAUGCGUGUUGCCAAAAGCAUCACUAGUACAUUAUAAGAUAAACAGACUGAAGGUUAGAAAACAGCAUUAUAGCAGAAAAGAUGAUUGAUUUAAUGUUUGGAGACCGUUUAUGCAUUUUGAUUCUUUUUGUUUUUACACGAAUGAAUACCAUUGAUGGUGUUUUAGUUUUCUAUCUAUUUUAGUUGGUUUACAUAGAUCUGCUCUGUCAGAUUUAAAUGUAGGUACAUGAUUAAACAUGACAAAAUCCAUUAUGACUGAAAAAGACUGUAUAUCCUCAUUUUGUGUUGAAUCACACAAGACACAAAACUGCAGAAGUGCUCAAAGCUUUGUUCUGUUUGAGGUGGAUUUUAACAAGCGUACUUUCAUGAAGCUCUGCUUUCUUUGUUCUGUCGCUACUCAGACGCAGCGUUAAAAACCCCAAUCCUUCGACUUUGCCCGUCAGUGCUAAUGUGCUUUCUUUCGGAGCCAAACAGUGGACGCUGAGCAUGUGUCACAGAAGAAGCACUUAGAGCUCAGCGCUGUGUUCUUGUGCUUAGUCUAAUGUCCCGACUCAGACGUGCUUAUUUCUGCCCAUGCUGUGUUUUACUUCAGUUCACUUCCUUAUGCAACUUCAUUGUCCCCUCCCCUCUCCUCUCUGUUUUCCUUUUAACUCCACACUGCCAGAAGUGACUUGUACGCACAAAAAAAGCUUCGAUUAAAGUCUGGACGUCGUCUUAAAUGAUGAA